ACACAMCCCGCUUCUCACAACACCAUWACUCUACUGUAUCACAAGCAAACAAACCCAGCACACUCGGAUUGACUGUUAUUGACAACCACAGCACUACCACAAGGCAGCGAGACGACCGAUUCAUCGAUUGGUUCACAAAGCAGAAGCAGAAGCAGAAGCAACAACAGCAACAGAAGCAACAGAAGCAACAAGAGAAGCAACAGAACCAAGAACGAAGCAUGACCUCUCGGACGACAAGCCAAGGCCCGCCGCUCCCCCUCUCGGGAAAGAUCGCGGUGGURACGGGGAGCACCCAGGGCCUGGGGGAGGCCACGGCCCGGCUCUUUGCGGCCCGUGGGUGCUCCGGCCUCGUCCUCACGGGCCGGAACCGYAUCCGCGGGGAGGCCCUGGCGGAGGAGCUGUCCUCGAAGGACUGCCGGGCCCUCUUCGUGGAGGCCGACCUGGCAAGCGUSGGGGACUGCCGGAGGCUGAUGAGGGCGGCGGACGACGCCUUUGGCAGGCUGGACGUCCUGGUCAACGCCGCCGGCACCACCGACCGGGGCUCCCUGUGGGACACCACCCCCGAGGACUACGACCGGAUCAUGGCCGUCAACGCCAGGGCGCCCUUCUUUCUGAUGCAGGACGCCGCGCGGAUCAUGGARCGGGAGAGCACCGAGGGCUCCAUCGUCAACGUGUCCUCGACGGCCUCCUACGGCUCGAUGCCCAUGCUGGCGGCCUACGGGAUGUCCAAGGCGGCCCUCAACGCUUCCACCAAGAACGCCGCCUACUCCCUCGCCUGGUCCCGMAUCCGGGUCAAYGCCCUGGCCAUUGGGUGGAUGGACACGCCCGGGGAGGAGGCCGCCCAGAAGGGGAUGUGCAUGCCCAAUGGCCACAAGGGCGGGGGCCAAGGAUGGAGGGAGACRGCGGGAAGGGGCCUGCCCUUUGGCCGYCUCCUCCGGCCGGAGGAGGUGGCCCGCUGCAUCGCCUUUUGCGCCUCGGACGAGUCGGGAAUGAUGACGGGCUGCGUCAUCGACUUUGACCAGUCCGUCUGGGGGGCCGGGAAUCCCCCGGUUCCCCCCCGCAAGGAGGAGUGGGACCGGGCCAGCGGCAUGACCUUUUCCUUCGAGGGGAGGGACCGCUUCGUCCCGGUSCCGGCCGCGGAGCAAAAGGCAGUAAAGAAGGCGGCAGAAAAGGCAGCAGUGGCAGUGGCAGCAGCAGCAGCAGAAAAAGCACCACAAGCACCACCGACACCGGCACAAGCACCAGCUCCAGCUCCGGCCAGCAAGCCCGCCGGAAGAAGGGCGGGGAGCAAGUCGCCGGGCCGUUUGCGAUGGCCCCCGCCGCCUCCCGUAGCAAAAGACGUCGAGCCCGAGUCCUACCGGCGGGCCUCCGAGGUUUUUGCUGCCGCGGCCACUCCCGCAACCCAGGACAACAGCAACAGCAACAGCAAGAGCGAGAAKUACGGCUACGACRACAACGGCGUCGAYACCUCUUCCCAAGCAUCGAYCAAAGAGCCAACAGCGGCUUCCGAAACGGCGAGCGACGCAUCCACKGGGGCCUCRCCCACGCCCACGCCACCACCGCCCGAGGAGGACGCCGAGGACGCCGCGAAGRACGACGCCAGGGACGCCGCGAAGGAMGCCUACUUUUCGAUGCGCACGCAGCGGAUGGGGGACGUCUMCCGGCCCGACGAGUACCUCCCCGGCACCGAGCCCAGUGGCUAUUUCGUCCCCACCUCCCCGGCCUCGAGGCGCAAGAAGAAGGCCGGCAGGAAGUGGGGGGGAAACCCGGACUGCCACGGGAAGUCGAGGGUGGACGAGUGGCUGGGCUCCGGGGUGGCCCCCAAGCUCACCUACAGGGUCAAGCCGGCCUCGCGGUAGGACAAGGUGGUCUAGUGCACCGGCACGAGUGCGACACAAACCAGCGCAGAAGAUUCYACCACACUUCUGCCAUGUACAGUACAAGUARAMAGUAAACUACUACCGUAGUAGUAUAGGCCAGACAAUGCCAAAAGAGGAGAUUGUUUCGUUUUGCUGUCUUCGAUUUUAUUCGUUAUGAUAAAUUUCACAAUCUCUU